GGUCCCCAACGGUCCGCAAGACCCAAAAUCCUGGCCGUUAAAACCCCCCUGCCCCAUUUUUAAAUUUGAAUGACCAUUCACCCCUCUUUCUAAAUGUUCGAGAGAGCCUCCUGCUAAAACUAAGUAUAUCUCUCUCAAUUUUCAUUUCUUGCCUUUUUUGAUCGACCCAUCAAGGCCUCCAGGGAAUUUGAUUAUGUCUUUGACUCAAGAUCACACACCCCAACGUCAUCAGCAGAGAAAGUUGGGCUCGAUGGGGUAUGUUUCCCCUUCGCCUACUCCUCGUGCAGAGAAGAGAAGAACAGUAGGGACUCCUGUUUCUGAUUGUAACGUCAAUAGGCAUGAGAGAGACAGAGAGGUUAAUGUGCAGGUUGUUUUAAGAUGCAGGCCUUUAAGUGAGGAUGAGCUUAGACUAAACAUACCUAAAGUUAUCUCUUGCAAUGAGCAAAGAAGGGAGGUGACUGUCGUGCAAAGUAACAGAGUCGAUAGGACCUUCACUUUCGAUAAGGUUUUUGGCCCCAAAUCUCAACAAAGAGCAAUAUAUGAUCAUGCCAUAACACCCAUGGUUAAUGAAGUCCUUGAAGGUUUUAACUGCACUAUAUUUGCAUAUGGGCAAACUGGCACAGGCAAAACUUACACCAUGGAAGGGGGAGCGAAAGCUAAGGGAGGUGAAUUACCUGUUGAGUCUGGUGUGAUUCCAAGGGCAGUUCGCCAGAUUUUCGACACUUUAGAAGCACAGAAGGCUGAUUACAGUAUGAAAAUAACCUUCUUGGAGCUUUAUAAUGAAGAAAUAACUGAUUUAUUAGCACCCGAGGAAUAUCCUAGAUCUCUUGAAGAUAAAUCAAGGAAGUCAAUUUCUCUUAUGGAGGAUGGAAAGGGUGGUGUUGUAGUGAGAGGCUUGGAGGAAGAGGUUGUCUAUAGUGCAAAUGAGAUUUAUAACCUUUUGGAACGAGGGUCAGCAAAAAGGCGUACUGCUGAAACAUUACUAAACAAACACAGCAGCCGUUCUCAUUCCAUAUUUUCUAUAACUGUCAAUGUAAAAGAAGCCUCGUUAGGGGAUGAGGAGCUUAUUAAAUGUGGAAAACUUAAUCUUGUAGACCUGGCAGGCUCAGAAAACAUUUCCAGGUCAGGUGCUCGUGAGGGGAGAGCUAGGGAAGCCGGGGAGAUAAACAAGAGUUUGCUCACACUUGGGCGUGUCAUAAAUGCACUUGUAGAGCAUUCUGGUCACAUUCCUUACAGGGAUAGCAAACUGACGAGACUUCUACGAGAUUCUUUGGGUGGGAAAACAAGAACUUGCAUCAUAGCAACAAUAUCUCCAUCAAUCCAUUGUUUGGAAGAAACCUUAAGCACACUAGAUUAUGCAUAUCGUGCUAAAAACAUCAAAAAUAAACCCGAGGCAAAUCAGAAAAUGUCAAAGUCUGUAUUGCUCAAGGAUCUGUACUUGGAAAUGGAACAAAUGAAACAAGAUGUACGGGCAGCAAGAGAGAAGAAUGGCGUGUAUAUUCCUCAUGAGCGAUUUAUCCAGGAUGAGGCUAAUAAGAAGGCUAUGAGUGAAAAGAUUGAUCAGCUGGAAUUUGAUCUGGUACUUAGUGGAAGGAAAGUUGAAGAAUUUCAAGAACUUUACAGUUCAGAACAAGAGCAGAAAUUGGGUCUGCAGAAUGAUUUAAUUCAGACUAAGAUGAAGUUUGAGAGUACUGAGAAGACACUGGAAGAGCUUCAAGAGGAUUAUAGGAUAGCCAACUGCACAAUAAAGGAGAAAGAGUUAAUCAUAUCUGAUCUCUUACGCUCAGAGAAGUCCCUCUUUGAACAUGCUGUGAGCCUAAGAGGAGAGCUAGCAGAUGCUUCAAAUGAUAUAACUGGAUUUAGAGCCAAAAUAGAAAGAAAGAACAAGUCGGAGAAAGAGAACCAGAAUAUGGUUCAAGCUUUUGGUUCUCAGCUUCACCAUAGUUUUGAAAACUUAGAGAAGACCGUUGUGGGUUCUAUUUCUCACCAGAAGCAACAAUUUAGAUUCAUGGAAGAGCAAGUUCAAUCAUUUGUUUCUGGCAAACAAGAGGCAUCAAAAGUCUUGCAGUCAAGGAUUGAAAAUAUGAAAGACAUUUAUACUUCAGGAAUCAAGGUUAUGCAGGAACUUGCAACUUCACUUGAAAGGAAUGCUUCCUCCAAUCUAGAGCUGCUCAGCACAACGGCAUCCACUCAAGCAGAGACUAUUGAAAAUUUUCUGGUAACUGCAAUUUCAGAGGCAGAGCAAGUCCUACAUGAAUUCCAGGGUUCUCUUGCUGAGCAGGAGAAGUUGUUGGAAUUUUCUGCUCAUCAACAGGAAGAGGCACUACAGCGGAGUUUGGUGUCAACACAGUUGAUCUCAAAGACAACUGUUGAUUUCUUAGAGAACUUGCACACCAACGCAUCUAUGAUCAACAAGGUUCUUGAUGAGAGUCAAACAGAAAAAAGCAGAAAACUGGCAGACUUUGAGAAAGCAUUCAAGCAAAAUUCAGCUGAAGAGGAUAAAAUGGUCUUGGAAAAAAUUGCCAAACUAUUGGCUACAUCUUCUGCGAGGAAAGCAGAUAUUAUCGCUACUGCCAUCCAGGACAUGGACACUACUGCUACAAAUGAGACAGAGAAGUUACAGCAUAAUGUGUGCAAGAUCCAGCAAGUUUCAGUUGAAGCUAAAAGAGAAUGGAAUGCCUAUAUAGAAAAAGUAGAAAGCCAGUUUCAGGAGAACACAUUUGCUGCAGGUGGUAUUAGGAGCAAAAUGGAAACCAACCUUCAAGAAUGCAUAAAGAAAGUAGACCAAUCCCAGAAACUGUGGGAUAACACUAGCCAAUCUCUGAAGACUCUCAACAAGGAAAAUGCUGCUGAGAGAGAAUCCAUAAUGAACGAUGGAAAUAAUUCAAAUGCAAAGCUACUCGCGGAGUUCUCCUGCGGUUCCUCUACUACUGAUGCUGAAAUGGAGGGUGCAAGUUCCUGCCUACUAGCUGGCAUAAACAAUCUUCUAGUCCUUGACCAUGAAGCUCAAAAGGAAAUGGAGUCUACAAUUGCCUUCAGCUCUUCAGUACUCCAAGAUCUCCAGCAAUAUCAUAGUGAUGGCCUGUCAAAUAUGAGAAACGAGGCCAACCAAUUCACAGAUGAUUACUUGGUGGAUCAACCAACAUGCAUGACACCGAGAGAACGAACCAUUAAUAUACCCAGCUUGGCCUCCAUUCAAGAGUUACGGACACCUUCCUUUGAUGACCUGUUGGAGAACAUGAAAAGCACGAAUAAAUCAAAGGCACCAGUUGCUGCAUUAUCAUCAGAUUCAACGAGAACUCCUUUCUCAACAAUCAACUGAUGUAUGCCACGGGUGCCUUUUUUCAAUGAUUUAUCGGAAAAAGAUAGCGCCAUUUUGAUUAGCUGUUAUCAGGUCUUAAGCACAUCAACUCAUAUGUGCUAUAUGUAUGUAACAGAUAAUUUCUGGUAGAUGGCAUAUGAUGUGAGGACAAAUCAUGUGUCUAUGCUCUAUACAUAUAAUGUUCAUUAUUAUUAAGAGAUUACUAAUCAAUGCAGAUUUCCUGUUCAUGACAA